AUGGAACUGAUCUCACAAAUUGGCCUGAGUGGGUGCAAACCAUCUCUAACACCAUUAGAGGUCAAUAAGAAAUUAACUUCUAUAGAGUAUGACCUCCAAGUUGGUCCAUCUGAUGAUCCAAAAAUAGAUGACAUACUUGGUUAUCAAAAGUUGGUUGGCAAAUUACUUUAUCUCACUAUUACUAGGCCUGACAUUUGCUUUGCAGUACAAACAUUAAGCCAAUUUAUGCAGAGACCUAAACAGUCUCACAUGGAUGGUGCACUAAGGGUGGUGAGGUAUCUGAAGGGUAAUCCUGAACUUGGAAUUCUACUUAAAGCAGAUGAGAUCAUAUCUAUGACUGCCUUCUGUGAUUCUGAUUGGGUAUCUUAUCCCAACACUAGAAGGUCAGUUUCAGGGUAUAUAGUCAUGAUGGGUGAUUCUUUGGUUUCUUGGAAAUCUAAGAAACAACAUACAGUGAGCAGAAGCUAA